ACUAACAAUGGCGAAGAAGAAGAGCAAGCAGAUCCUGCGUCCGUGGUGCUGGUACUGUGAGCGGGAGUUUGAAGAUGAGAAAGUUCUAAUGCAGCACCAAAAGGCGAAGCACUUCAAGUGCAACAUGUGUCCCCGCCGCCUCAACACCGCCGGCGGUCUCGCCGUCCACAUCCAACAAGUCCACAAACUCGAACCAGAAAACCUCCCCCGAAUAGAGAACGCGCUGCCCGGGCGCGAUGGGUACGAAGUCGAGAUCUUCGGGAUGGAAGGCAUCCCCGCGCCCGACGUCGCAGACUACAAACGCCGCAAAGAGAUCGAACUCGGCCUCAGCGCAGGCUCCAUAUCCCAACCGCAAGCCAAACGCCCUAAGACCGAAAAUCGACCCAUGUCCGAAGACGAGCUGCGCGCGCAACUCGAGGCACACAAGGCCCUCAUGGGCGCCGCCGACGCGCCCAACCCCUCCUCUUCUGGUCAUGGCGCGAGUGGCGCAGAGUCGAGCGGGGCGGCGGUGAUGUAUGGUGCGCCGCCGCAGGCGUAUCAGGGGUCGCCUAUGGGUCCGACGCCGCCGGGGAUGAUGCCAGGUGCGCCUCCUUUUUUCCCUGGUAUGCCUCCUCCGGGCUUUCCGCCCGGUUCGUCCCCGCCAGGCGCACCAGGGCAGAUGCCAUUCUCGCCCUUUCCGCCUGGUAUGAUGCCUCCUGGCCCUCCGCCCGGCAACUUCGGUUUCUCCCCUCCCCCAGGCUAUCCUAUCCCACCCCCAGGCAUGCAACUCCCCCCACCAGGCUCAUCUCCCAAUGCCUUUCCCCUCCCUCCACCUCCACCCGGCGUCCGCGUCGGCCCCUCCAUGCCCGCUCCCGCUCCCGGCCAACAACAACCCGGCCAACAAUCGCAACAACAGCAACAACAACAACCCCCCUUCCCCGGCGCUCCUCCCUUCCCUCCAAUCGGCCAAGCAGCCCCACCAUUCCCUCCUCAGAACGGACAGCCUGGCGCACCGCCCUUUCCACCAAACGGCCAAGGUGCUCCUCCGUUCCUGCCGAAUGGUCAAGGCGCACCCCCGUUCCCUCCUCAGAACGGUCAAUUCCCACCUGGGUUUCCGCCUUUUCCUCCCGGUGGUGGUCCGCCUCCAUUCGGAUAUCCGCCUCCUAAUUUCAUGCCGCCUAAUCCUAAUAUGCCUCCUCAUCCGAAUAUGCAACAACAACACCAGCAACAUCAGCAGGGCAUGCCGCCUUUAAUGAACACGCCUCCAAGCAUGCCCGGUUCGACGCCCAUGCCGCCGCCUAUUUCGGGUGGGACGCCUGGUGGUGCGGGACAGGGAGGAGGUGGGAUGCAAUUCACGCCGCCGCCGGGAACGCCGAUGCCGCCUACGCCGCAGAGUGGGACGUUUGGCGGGUUCCCGCCUGCUGCUGCCAACGGCGCGACCGCAAAUGGAGGACCAGGAAGCGUUGGCGGAGGAGGACCAGGAGGAGGAGGGCAACAGGGAAGUGGAGCGCAACAGGGAGGUGGAGGACAGGUGCCACAGCUCGUGCUGCCGAACCCGGCGCUGGCGCAGACGAACCCGGAGAUGAAGAAGAAGACGGAGUUGAAGUAUGUGGAUGCGAAUUUUUCGCCGGACGAAGUCCGCGCGAUCCAUCCCAAAUAUUAUUUCCCCAAAGGACAGCCUUACACUCCGACUGGGACUGGCGUCGGUGGAGGGUAUGCGGCGGCUGGGACGGGCGACGAGCCGAGGGGGAAGAAGAGGGCGCGGGCGGAGGAUUUCUUGUAGAGGGAUGGAGGUGGGGAAAUUGAGGAGAAGGGAUUGGUGUCGUCAAAAUUAGUGGGGGAGGUGAUGGGGGGAAUCCGUGUUGCGAGGGACGCGUGUCUGUGUGGCGCAGAUGUCAACCUUUAUGGUUGUGGAGACUGGGAAGGGGUUUGGAGUGGCGAAGAUGGGUGCGUGGCGACGUAGGACUAUUUGGGUGCAUCGUGAAGCUGAAAGGAAGGUCGAAGGGAAUAACGUUGCGGCACGAAGGGGAUGUUUCGUCGGAAUCUGGUGCUCGCGGCCAUGAUCUGUCGUCGGCCAGAGACGUUGCGGGGCGAAAGAAGCGACUUGGAGGCUCAUCAGUCCGUCCAUCACAUUCCAUCUAAUUCCCCCACCACCAUCUCGUCGUCUUCCUAUGCUACCCACUCAUCGCUCAUCGUUUUCUUGCGCACAAGUUCUUCCGACGGCUCGUUGCCCCUAUCACUGCUUUGUCCCAAUCCCAAUCCCGUAUGGUUCGCGGUAAGUACCCCGAGCGGUGCGAGCCCUUUCUCCUCUUUUUUCUUGCUCUCUCCCAUUCUUGUCAUCUUCUCUUGAAUUUUCGUUCUGUCUCCUGUGUCGCUGCUUCUCCUUUGGCUUCCGUAAUAUAAUGAAUGACGUUGACGAAUGCUGCUGUACGGUCGGUGCCUCUUCUCUUCCUUUCCAUCUUGUUCCAUACUCUCUCUCUUCUUAUUAUCUCACAAACCCAC